AUGAUAGAGAAGUGUUUGCUUGAGUGGGAGCUUGAAGAUGUUUUUUGCAUAACUGUUGAUAAUGCGAGUUCAAAUGACACUGCUAUAGCUUAUAUGAAAAGAAAAAUCAAUGGUUGGAAGACAGGGGUUCUUAAAUGUCGUUUCCUUCAUAUGCGUUGUGUAGCUCAUAUUGUUAAUUUAGUUGUUGGUGAUGGUUUGAAAUGUGUUCAUGAUUCAAUUAUUCGGGUUAGACAUGCUGUUAGGUUCAUUAAGCAGUCUCCUGCUCUCUUGUUGAAGUUUAAAAAAUGUGUUGCUGAUGAAAAAACAAAUAGCAAGAAGUUGUUGUGUCUUGAUGUGCCGACUAGGUGGAACUCUACAUAUCUUAUGUUACAUGCUGCCCUUGCUUUAGAGAAUGCUUUUGAUAGAUAUUCAGAGGAGGAUCCCCAUUACAAUGUAGAAUUAUAUGACCGGGAAGGAAAUGGACCCCCUACAUGUGAUGAUUGGGCUACUGUUAAGAGGGAUGAAAAUAUGAGAUUGAUGGCUUGUAAAAUGAGGGAGAAAUAUGAAAAAUAUUGGGGGGAUCCAGAAAAGAUAAACUUGCUGAUUUUUAUUGUUGUUGUUCUUGAUCCUCGCUAUAAACUUGAUUAUGUUGAGUGGAUGAUCAGUGAGAUUUAUGAUUCCAAGGUUGGUUUUGUACUCAUAAAAAAUUUGAGGGAAUCUCUAUAUGCAUUGUAUGAUGAGUAUCGUGUUUUACCAACAACCGAUACACCUAGAGAGGACUCAAGUGAGAGUAGGGAUGAUGCUCCCUUAAAUGCUACUCAAAAGAAAGUUGAUGUUUUGAAAAACAAGUGUAAGAAACAAAGGGGGAGAGAGGAGGAGAAAUAA